AUGUCGAAACAAACACUGUCGUCCGAGUCGUCCCCAUCUACUGUCCAAACUUCGCAGAUUUAUGCGCUUAAACAACGCGUACGUCACCGCAGUAUUGGGGAUGGAAAAUCCAUGUACUUUGGCAAGUACGUGUCGCAGGAAGGAUCCGAGAAGCUUCGCACGUACGAGUAUCAUGGGACCGAUAACUCGCCCGUGUACAAACACGUGCUGAUGCCCAUGAACAACUUCCUCGUGGAGCUACUGCCACUGUGGCUCGCCCCAAACCUCAUCACUCUUAUUGGAUUAAUACUUGUAGGCGGCACCCACACGUUGUUUGUGUUUCUAUGUCCUCUGCUAAAAGGUGAUGCCCCUUGGUGGGCAAUGGCAGUCGCUGCGGCCGCGUUGUUCGCGUAUCAGACGCUGGACAAUUUGGACGGCAAACAGGCGCGACGUACCAAUUCGUCAUCACCGCUCGGGCUGCUGUUUGAUCACGGGUGCGAUGCAUUGAAUGUGUCAGUGGGUACCAUGACAAUGGCAAGCAUUCUGCAGAUGGGAGCGACGUGGAAAACUUUGGGCUUUGUACUGAGUGGUCACUUUGUCUUUAUCUUUGCGACGUGGGAAGAGUACUAUGUAGGGUCGCUAGAGCUUCCAGCUUUUAACGGACCGACGGAAGGCAUUCUCCUUGGCAUUGCACUGAAGCUGUUCACGUCAUUCGUUGGUAUCGAUUUCUGGAACCAGGAGCUGAUUGAAGGCGUGCAAAACAACUCUCUGGUCGUGAUUGCGAUGCUAAUCACCUCAUGCUGUACCCUUCUGGUCAAUGUGAGAAAUACACUUCAAGCUGUGCGCCUUAAUCAAGACUCGGUUCUUGUCGCUUUUACGCGACUUCUGCCUUUUAUCUUUCUCAACACUCUAGCGGGGUUGUGGGCUUUGUACUCUCCCUCGGACAUUUUCUCGACGCACCCGCGAAUGUUUUUAUGGAUGCUGGGACUGUUGAACAGCAAGCUGGUGCUGCACUUGAUGUUGGCUCACUUGUGUGGGGAAGAGUACCACCCCUUCCGCAAGACGCUAGUACCGAUCUUCUAUGUUGCUGGACACUGCGCGUUUUGCAUGUUGGAAGGUAUCUACGACGCUAUCAACGAAGAGCUCAUUGUUCGUGAGUUCUUUUUCCUCUCCCUUGCUGCUUACGUGCACAUUGUCAUCACCGUGGUGUGGGAGGUUAAGAACGUACUGGGUGUUUCGGUUUUUACGAUCCCGAACAACGCCAGUAGCAACCAGCGAAGCCAUCGUAACUGA